GAAUUUUUUUUUGUUUUGAAGCAACCACUAAGCAGCUGCCUAGUGGCAUUAAUCAAUCAUUUACAAUCAACACACAAAACGACAAAUCCAAAAUGGAAAUCCAACACAACACUAAAGGGAAAGUAGAUUCUCUUGGAUGCACAGAUCUAGUGGAGAAUUGCAUAAGCUCAACUUUCUUCACCCUCUGAUUUCACACUUGAAGCUCUGCUCCGCAGCUCCUCAAUCUUCAAACCCAGACAGCAUUCAGAGCGACCAACACUAAGAGUGAAAAUGUCAUUGUCAGAGCUGUUGCCCCGUCCUUGGCUCAUCGAAGCGAGCACCUUUAAUGUGAAAAUUGGCAACGACACUGUCAUCACAACAGUUGCUGAUCGUGAAACUAUUGUCAACAGUAGCAUCUCGGAACUAAAGAGGGAAUUGAAGAGGACUCCAAAUCCAUUUGUUGGAAUUGAUGUGGUAAAUAAUGGAGAUUUGUUGCUGUUUCGUGUGAAAAACCGGUGCCUAAUAAUUCAAUUUAAGCGCAUGGUGGUGUUGGAUAAACUAUCUGAUUCACCCCAGUCUCUUAAGGAGCUCCUGAAUGAUCGAACUAUUACUUUUAUAGGUCCUAGAAACAUAAGCCAGAAAUCUACAUUCUCAUAUGAUACUGGGAGCGUCUUCCGUGGAGCUCCCAUCCACAUGAAAUUAAAACUUAGUAGAAUUGUGGAUGUUGGUUAUUUGGCUAGCAAGCUUUUGAAGAAGCCGAAGCUGCUGACUAGUACACUAGAAGAGGUGAUGGCUGAAGCCAACGUUGAUAUUAAGAAGCCUGUCAUUAGUGAAGAAUCAAUACGUCCUAAUUGGGAAUCGUCUUCUGUUCUUUCGGAGGAGGAGGUCAAAUUGGCGAUGUAUGAAGUCCAUUCAUGCUAUCAAAUUGCAAGCAAGCUUACUGAUGCGACAAGCAAGCUUAAGAAACCUUUGUUCUGUAGUUGUUUUUUGUAAUGCCGUUAUCGAAACUGCUUUUAAGUCUUAGUUCUGUAAUAUCAUAUGAUAUUCUUCUUUUAAGACUUUAAACUGAAAUGAUUGUUAGUAAUUUUCUCUAUUGUAUGGACUCACAUAUUAAUAUAUUUAUACAUAGAUAUGCUAUUAUUAAA